UUUGAGAAAAUACACCCAACCUCGGCGUUUCCUUCCGUUGAUGUUGACUGACAAUGGCGACUUCCAUGAGGAUUGCAAGUACGCGACUCUUGUUAAAGACAAUACAUUAUUUCUCAUCUAAGGUUGCUGUUCAGCCGCGUGCCUGUACAAUUCACCUCCAACCAGCAUCAUUAUGCAAUGUUUGCGUGAUACCUGCAGCCGUCCUUCACAAAGGACGUGCCUAUGGCACGCAGUCUUCUUCCGUCACAGUCACAGAGGAACCUGACAUUCUGUUCCAGAAACUGGCCGUGUUGGUUAAAAGCCAUGAUAAAACUGUACUGGACAGUUACAAGUUUUUUGCAACCCUAGCAGCAAAAGAACUUGGCUUAACCUUGAGUAAAGUAUUUGAACCUCCAAAGAACAUAGAGAGACUUACACUUCUGAAGUCAGUGCACAUUUUUAAGAAACACAGGGUCCAAUAUGAAAUGAGGACACACUACAGAUGCAUUGAGAUUUCCAGGAUAACAGGUUCCACUUCACGGGUAUACCUGGAGUACAUUCAGCGCAACCUGCCAGAGGGAGUGGCUAUGGAGGUCACUAAGACUGCUAUAGAGAAAGUUCCAGAUCAUAUCCAGAUGCCUCUGUGGGGUGUCCAAAGCCAAGAAAAGCAAAGCAGUCAAUAAUUACCUUUUAUUACCUUUUUUCCCAUUAACUGUUACUACUGAUAAGUAAUGUAAAUUAAAUAAAAAUGGAUUCUCUAAUGGAUAACUUGACUUAUAUAAUACACUGUGUAUAAGUGUAAGCUGAUGUGUUCCUAUUGCAUUGCCCAUAAUAAAGGGGAUUACAGUGGGUUCUGAUUAUUUACUGUGGUUGAAGUUCAUCAAAUGUGCAGAAGACUGGGAUUACAGACAAUAAAACACACAGGUUUUAAAGACAAUAAAACCUUUAAUAAACCACAGUUUACACAAUUUGCAUUUGUACCAUAAUUGAACUGUGUCUUAAACACCAUAAAUACCUGACAGACUGCCCACAGUCAGAGAACUGUUUUAUUCUGACAGAUUAGCCUGGAUGCAAAGAAAGAAAUUUGGUCCAACAGAUUUACAAUUAAACAUUUCUGCUUGUGUCUUUUUGCGUGUCCAAAGGUGUCAGAAAAUGUUUUUCUACCCAUUACAAAAAAAGGAUGUACAGUGCCACAUAAAACCAUAUGUGGCUGAUGGUACCUGUCUAUGCUUGAUUCACAUUUUCAUCAACAUGAAAAUGUUUACAAUUUGGUGGUCCAGGGCGACCUAACUGACCAGUUGCACACAAGUAAAAUAUAUGCACGUAACCUGUGCGCCACACAUCAGACAGCAUCUUUUGUUUUUUUUUUGCUACAGCUAUCCUACAAUGUAGAAGCCAAAUAAGAGGUGAAAGUACAGCAUAUUACCUUUAUUGAGUUUUAGGUGUAAUAAAGUUUUUGGCAGAAAGGCACCAGGAAUAGAAUAUAAACUUCUAUGAAGUUAAUUUGCCCUAGUACUUAAAAACACCUAAAACACAUUGUUCCC